CCCUCCCACCCACUACUGGGACCCACCCGCUCGUUCUCCCAUUUUUAUAAUUCUAUUCUUUAUUUUACUGCAACAAACAGCCCAGUAAUUACUUUUUCAAACCUGGUAAAAUUGCUUAUAAAACAUUUCACCAAACAACCAACCUGGUUCCGAAAUUUCAAUGCCCUCUAACGGUGACAGAAUCAAACACCAUCUCAGCAUCCUCUCCGCCAUCCUCGUCUCCUCUCUUUCCGACUCUCAUCUCGACCAAAUCCACGCCCACAUCCUCCGCCAUUACCACCACCGUUGGCACCAGCAUCUCCUUCGUGGCCUCUUCAACAGCGCCAUUCGCUCCCUCUCCCCCUCCGCAGCCGCGCUCCGCCUCUUCCGCCUCAUGUCCCGCGCGUCCCUCGCACCCAAUCGCUUCACCCUCCCCUUCCUCCUCAACUCCGCCGCGGCCCCUCCAAACCUCGCCCUCGGCUCGGCGCUCCACGCCCUCGCCCUCCGCUCCGCGCUCCUCCCCGUCCUCCCCGUCGCCAACGCCCUCGUUGCCAUGUACGCCAAGUGCAGCGCCCUCCCCCUCGCGCGCCGCGCCUUCCACGACGUCCCCCUUAAGGACGUUGUCACCUUCAACUCCCUCCUCGGCGCCCACGCCCGCCUCGGGGCCGACAUGCCAGCCGCCCGGGCCCUGUUCGACGAAAUGCCCGAGAGAAACGUGAUCUCGUGGAACGCUAUGGUCGUCGGUUACGCGAACGCCGGGAACUUGGCGUCCGCAAGGUCGGCCUUCAAUCGCAUGCCCGUCCGGAAUUCCGUCUCUUGGUCUGCGAUCAUCGUAGCCUACUGCAGGAUCGGCUCUGUGGACGUCGCUCGUUCACUGUUCGAUGAUAUGCCGGAGAAGAAUUUGAUCGCGUGGACCGCGAUGAUAAACGGGUAUUCCCAGUGCGGCAAGCCGAAGGAGGCGCUUGCAUUCUUCCACGAGAUGGAGGCUGCGGGGAUCGAGCCGGAUGCGGCUACUAUGGUCGGCGUCAUUUCUGCGGCCGCUCAACUGGGGAGCGUGGAAUUGGCCGACUGGGUUGGCGCCUAUGUCAACCGGAAAAGGAUUGAGAGGAACGAGCGCGUGCUCACUGCGCUCGUGGACAUGCACGCCAAAUGCGGCAACGUCGAUAAGGCCUUUUGCCUUUUUGAGGAGAUUCAUUCUCCUGACGCGUACUCGUACACUGCUCUCAUUAACGGGCUUGCGUCGCACGGGCAUGCGAAGAAGGCGCUUGCGGUGUUCGACAGAAUGCUAGCCUUGGCCGUCAAGCCGGACCCGAUCACGUUUAUUGGCGUUCUCAGUGCUUGUAGCCAUGCCGGGCUUGUAGAGAAAGGGUGGGAAUAUUGGGUAGGGAUGGUGCAGGACUACGGGAUGGACCGCGGGCCUGACCACUAUGGUUGCAUGAUCGACAUGCUCGGACGUGCCGGGAGGCUUGAAGAAGCCCAUGAAAUGGUGCAAAAGAUGCCGUCGGGCCCUCAUGCUGGAGCUCUCGGGGCGCUGCUGGCAGCUUGUAGGAGUUACAACAAUGCUGAGAUUGCGGAGAGUGUUGCAAAUCAGCUGUUUGAAUUAGAACCUGACAAUACUGCAAACUAUAUACUGCUUUCGAGUAUUUAUGCAUCGCGAGGACAGUGGGAGGAUGCUGCAAGGGUAAGAAGAAUGAUGAGGUCGAGGAUUCCAUCUAAAUUUCCAGGUUACAGUUGGGUCGAGGACCGGCCAAGAGAGUAUAAUUGAUCGAUGAUGCUGAUGAUGAAGAGCUAACAAACAUUCAAAAAUUUAACCAACUAAGAUGAGAGAUAAUUUUGUGCAGUUGAAAGUCUCAGGCGCACUAUGGAAUCUCACUAAUUUCACUACCAAUAAGGUUGGAAAGUAAAAUUAAAAUUUUUGAGUACUUGGAUAGUUGAUUCAAGAUGUCAUUGUUCAGGACUUUCAAAUGAGCUUGCAGAGCUUGGAGAUGUAGAAAUUAAGAGCUAAUCUGGAAACUGAAUUGAAGCAGAGGGGCUUGUACAAUAAUGCGAAGACCAAUCUAGAAAAAGUGGUUAAGCACUCUCUAAAGCCAGUUAAUCGGAAAUCUUGAGACCUAGAUGAUUUUGAUGAGGAGAAGCAGAUCAGAAUAGGGCAACCAAUUUAAGUCUCUCAACUGAUCACGACUAAAACAAGCAAACCUCAGGUUUCGGGGAUCGCGGUGGGGUGCGGCAGGAGAAAGCGACGAUGGAUUUGGAGUCAGUGAGGGGAAGAAGCAGCGAGUGUGGGAGGAUCUGUACAGGAUAGACAUGAUCGUGACUAAGAAAAAGCUCGACACUAGCAGCGAAGGUGACGUAAAAAUCAGGUAAGAAAAAGCUCGACAAAUAUCGACAACGCGAUCAAGGGAUUUGCAGGCAAAUAGCGAAGUCGGAACCUCUCGCAAGCAAUAGAUAGAGGAGAAGUCCAGGUUGCUGUUGUGGACGCAUUUUUGGGCAAGGCUUUGGAACCCGUAGUUAAGGAAUGACUCGCGAUUGCGGGACUAGAUAUGGGCAAGGCAGAACUGUUGAAUGUGACCGGGGUGUGAGAUGAGGAUGCAGGUGAUGGUGUGGGCAUACCAGUCCUUGCCAUGCAUCCGUGUCGUGAGGGCAGAGGCUGCGGCUCUAAAUGGAGUUGUCGAGGAGGAGAAGAGAGGUGCUUUAGAGGUGGCGCUAUCAGGAGGAGAGGAGGGCGGUUAGAGUGGCGUCUAGGGUGGGGAGAAGGGAGAGGCUGGUGGAGAGGAGGCAGUUUGUAGGCAGCUGAUGUAGUCGAUCUUGACAGUUGUGGUGUCUUCGGAGGAGCAAUCGCAGUCCGUCCUUCUUGACUUCCUGGCAAUGGUCUCUUCUGGCUAAAUCAGUUCUUCCAGAACUGGCAGGAAAUGUGCAAUAUUUCUGGCCAAACAUUCUUUGAAAUAGGAAUGUGCUCAAAGGGCCGAGUGAAGAAUAAUGUUGUGCACUGAAGGCAAGUUGUAAAUAGUUCAACCAAAUCUUGAGUAUCCUGGUUAUAAGUAGUGUCUUUUAUGUGACAAAGAUUUUUUAUAGAAAUUAUAAUAAGCCAAUCUAAUUAUGCUAUGUAUGAAUGUAUGUAAAGACAACAUUAGGGAUAAAAAAAUAAUUUCAGGUAAAAGUUAAAGUAUAGAAUAAUAUUUGGUCAGACGGCAUGAUUUCUCAAUAGAAUGUCUAUUAUAGGUAAGACUCUGUUCUAAGAGGGUCAACACUUCCAUUAACAGAAGCCAGAGCAGAUGGACUCUAUUACAAAUCUCAUCCUGGACUCUAUUAUAAAUCUCAUCCAACCAUUAAAGUGCACAAUCCAUUUGUUUAACAAAUGCUCAAAAGUUUACAACUGCUUUAGGCAUGCAUUAGUACAUAACAUUGCUUGGGAACUAAAAUAAGAUGUUUUGCAAAAAUGUUUAAGGCUAUAGCCUGCAGUUUUGAGAUGUAGGGUGGAAUUCUUUUAAUGGAACUUUUGAGGUUAGGGGCCUGUUGGCAAGUUCAAAAUAGAAAAAAAAAAAAAAAAAA